AUGAGCGGAACUCUUACAGCUAUUUCUGGUCUGAAAUAUUUCGAGAGCGGACGGGGAGUUCCCUUUGGGCUCUAUAUGUUUGGUCGACUCUUUCGCUAUUUCUGGUCUGAAAUAUUUCGAGAGCGGACGGGGAGUUCCCUUUGGGCUCUAUAUGUUUGGUCGACUCUUUCGUGUGCAUCAUCGACCUGGUUUAUGUCGGCUGAGAUGCAACUCUAUGUCCUAGCAUAUUUUGCAAUGCUACUAUUGGCAACAAAAUUAAAUUAUGGUCUCAUCUAUUCCUUGUGUUGGAUGGUUACGGGAAUGAUAAUACCCGGUGUGCUCACCGCUUAUUAUAAUAUAGCUCCUCCUAUUAUUCGUACUAUCAAUGAAGGCAUAGCUAUAGAGGAAUAUAAAGCCCAUAUUAACCACAGCUCCACUUAUUCUCAUUUGACUGAAUACUUUAUGGGAAUAAUGACCGGGUCCUGGCAGAAUGUUUAAAAUAUUUACAUACUUAUCGAGUAAACGAUUGAGUAAGUUAUGUUUUGGAGCCACCAUGGUCAACAUCGAGUUCAUUAGGUUUCAAUUAAUCACCGAAAGAGUCCACGUUAACAAAGUUCUCAAUUUGUUUGUGGUUGUCAAUUUAAUAGGUUAUGUAGUUUUAUCACUGAUCGCUGGUUUUCUUAUUCACAUAACCUUUGAGAAACCAUAUAAUAAUUUGUUUGCAAAUUGUUUGCAAAGUUAUAAAAGUGAUAAAACAAACAAAAAAGAAAAAUGAUAUAUAACCAAUGAUGGGCAAGGGGC